AUGCGGAUAUCAAAGGCCUAUGAACUGACUGUGAAUGAUCUUUUACUCGUACGGAAAGAAAACCAUGAUUUACGAGCUGCGCAUGAAAAAGAGAAGGAAAAACGUCAAAUAUCUAAGAAACAGAUAUCUACUAAGCAAGUUAUUACUAGAGAGGAAGCCCAAGCACUCGUACAAAGCCAGGCUGAGGCAUCCCAAGCCGUUACUACUACUCCAGGUGAGCCUGAGCUCCCAGCUUCUCAACCAGUCAAAUCGAGAUUUGGAAUCAAUAUCGUGUACGGGUUCGGGAAAAGGUGGCGGCUCGCUUGUGAUGGCGGCUCGCUUGUGGAUUACGUUAACUGGGUGUAA